GAUGAAUGAAUUCUGUCCGUUUGGGUUUCAAUUCUAAUGCUUCAUUCGCCAGUCAAAAUGGAAGCUCAAUAAAUCAUCAGAUGAACGCGCCCGCGGUGGCGCAAAAUCAGGGCCAUGGUCAAGGAGGCGACGACAGCGACAGUGACAUUGAGGUUCUCAAAGAAGUCAUGCCUGUCGCCUCUCGAGAAUCGAGAAAGAACCCUCAAAUCGCCCCCAAACCGACUAACCAGUCCGGUGCUAUAAGACCUCACCAUUGUUCGAGCGGAAAGCCGAGAUACCAAAAUCCCUCGAGUAAUCCGAACGCAACGAGGGUUUCGCCGGUAGGGGCGAACAGCUAUUCAUUCUACACUGGUGCUAGCCGUGGAACUCCCACGAUACAGAUACUCAAUGGAUCGUACGAAAGCAGUAGUCAACCAGCGACUCAAGUGAACAUCCAGAUGACUCCCAUCAUUCUCAACCAGCAGCAGCAGCUUCGGUCGCCCCCCUCUUCUGCCGGAAACAUGCACAUGAUGCAACAGCCUCCGAGGGGGAAGAACCUCCCCUCACCCAACGCCUCAACCUACUACAGUCAGAGUCAUGCCACCCACUCUACGGCUGCUGCGAACAACGUGCAAUUCAAACAAAACCAAAGUCGAAAUUCCUUGAGCAAUGAAACAUAUCAGUGCAAUCAAACCAACAACAAAUCUGCAAACUCAUCAUCAUCAUCAUCAGCGGUUCAAGUUCAAAGACAGCAGGAGAAACAGGCGAAUAGCUCGAGUGAUCAGACUGCUCUGUGGAGUAAAGUACACAAGCUUUUGGCCUCCGGUCGCUACACCAGAGAAACUGUGCUAUCCAUUGUUAAGGAGAAAGGUUUGAAUUGUUUCUACGCCGUGCGAAACGAUCGAACCGCUAUACAAUCCCCUUACAAGAAUGGUCAGAACAAUGAUGUGAUGAACCUCUUCAAGUGCUGCUUCUUUGAAACCUCAGACUCUCGUUUCUGUGACGAGAACUUCUCUGUGAACAUGCUCUACAUGAACCACAUAGAUUCCCAUUUUUGGAAAUCCGAAUUUCUGCAACCAGACAUACAUACCACCACGUGCAAAUCUUGUUUCAUGCGCUUCCCAAACCACGAAACUCUGAGAACCCAUGUUGAUUUUUUCCAUUCAAAUGUAGUUGAUCAUAAGGGGAACUCACAUGCGUGUCAAAUCUGUGACUACACCUUCAGUAAGUCUGAGAUUUACAUGCGACACAUGUUUGAGUUGCAUGAAGUUUGCGAGACGCCUUAUAAAUGUCGCAUCUGCAACUUUGCGACAAGUUUCUACGCGCAGUUAGUGUCGCAUUUCAGAAACGAACAUCAGAACAGCAAGUACUUCUUGUGCCGCUUCUGUUUUGGAGUCUUCACAACACCUGAGUUGUUUUGUGAGCAUAUGAGAGAUCAUUUGCCGAGGAAAAACAAUGUAAAAUGCACCAAGUGUCGAUUGAUUUUUGUGAAGCAAUCGUCUUUACCGACAACAGGGGAUAGUCUUUCAGAGGCUGGCAACCAAGCCGACCAUUUGCGCUACCAUCAUCAAGGACUAGCAAAGCUAACCCAAGAAGACAUGUACUCUGUGAUGAAUUCCAAUGCUGCUCCUCAAAUGAUUAUGAACAACAGCACAUUCUCGCAAAAUAGUGUUGCCAGAAGUCAGCAGCCGCGAGAGCAAUUGCCAGCGAAUCAGGGAAUUAGUCUAGGAUUUCAAAAUUCUAUAUCAAGACCGCCUACACAACCGAACAUCCAAAGAAUUCCAGGACAGCUAUUUGGAAACCAGAAUCGACGUCCGUCUCUGCCUGCAAGUACGUGGGAACCGAAUUCUAUCGCCCAAACGGUGAACAGAGUCGCAAGUCAAGGCUACAAUCAUUUCCAGAACAGCCAAAGUAAAGAAAGAGCUCAGAUUGUAGCCAAUAACCUAAUGGAGCGCUAUGAGAAGCAUGGGUACGCAAGACGGAAUCAGUUUGCUAGGGCGCCAGUUCCGUAUAACCCCACGCGCUUUGAAAGGCCUUCGGUUCCUGUCAGACCUAUGCAUGCUUUGCCGCAGAUGCCAACACCAGUUUCGCAACAAGCUUAUCGGCCGCCGCGGCAACAGCCUUAUCAGUCGCUGCAGCUUCAAAAUCAAACACAACAACAAUUUACGGGUGUUGCGCAGCUUCCAAGAACUGGCCGACCUAGUAGCGUUGUUCAACCUACGAAUCAAACUAAGGGGCUGAAUAAUACCAAGUACGCUAAAUCGACACCAGAUAUCAUGGUUACUGUAAAACCAGGCUGGACCUUGUUUCUCAAGUUUGACGGAGGCUUCGCAAAAGUGCGCGGUAAAAUGAAUCUAUGGAGAGCAGGAUUGCUCGAACGAUGUUUAGAGUGCGGAUCAUAUGUGAAUGAGCCGAACAGACAUUUCACGAAGUUGAUGGACUGUAAGUUGUGUCCGUACUCAACAUAUUGUCCCAGAGCAGCAAUUAAUCAUUUUGGCACAAAACAUGGACUAUCGAAAUGGACAACUAAUUUAAACACUCAGCCUGACAGUAUGUUUACGGAUCUAGAUUGUAAAUUAGACGACGGAGAAAAAAUGAAAUGUUUUUGUGGAUUUGAAAGCGAAUCGGGAACUAAAUUUGCCUCUCAUGUCUAUUUCUGCAGGUUCGGAGAGUGCGAUUUGCCUCAAAAAGACAAAACAGUUUCGCUUCCAGACGGCGGAACUAUGAAACACAACAAUGAAAAGUUCACUAUUAAAUGCUUGCCUUCUUGUGCUGUUGCGAUCAGCUCUCUAGGGAAGUCGUACACGGAACGUCCCAAGAAAAGGAUCAAGGCAGGCUACGUCAGAAGCAACUGUAAUUCUUCGGUGCAGAUUCAACCCAGUCCCAGUAAGUCAGUGUUACCAGAAGUGCCAAAUGUCGUUGCGGAGUAUAAUGCAUUACAAAUGCGUGGUAAUCAUUCUUUGGAAACUCCAGGGUUCAGUAAAUACGAGUCUCAAGCUACAUGGAAAAGUAACACAAGUGUUGAAGUUGCAAAGGCAACGAAAACUAAGCCCAGAAUACCAUCAGUUAAAGGUCCAGAUAUAGAAGCGAUUACGACAUCUGAGUUUACUCGACUAAGUAAACAAGUCGAUGUAAACUCCUCAAAAACUGUACAUAAUACAACGCAGCCUUCGGAGGAAACUUGUGAGAAUCAGCUGGAGGCUUCUUAUGAUGACUUACUGCCAGUGCCUGGAGAUGGAAUGGACUCCAAUGAGUUUGCAAUCAUUGUUCCAGAAGCAGCGCCUUUGAAUGUAAAUGUUCUUACAGGAAAAGAGGAACAACCGAUCUAUCCAAUGGAUAUGUUCAUGGUCCCUGCUCGACAAGAAGAUGAUUCUCCAAACAAAUCACGUGACCAGGAGUGCGGAACUGUAGCUCAGAGCCCGGACUCACAGGAUGACAUCGAAGUAGUUCACGAAGUGUCGCCUCUUUUCGACGCAGUUUCAGUUCUGCCAGCUGAGCUGAGAAUUGCUGUGUGCGAUACGUUCACCCCAGACAAACCGAGUUACGAGAAGAAGACUAAACCGGAGAAAUCAAAUGACGUGCAAUCAGUAGAGAAAGAUCUGCAGACGAGUUUGGAAAACGGAAAACCCGAAACGAUAGAAAAGGAAAUGGAAGUUUCUCAGAAUUCAGACAAAAGUGACAAGGAAAAGAAUUCUUUGGUAGCUAUGAUUCAGGAGACAAAUGCACAGCAAAAUGAGCAGAAGGAAGAUUCGACGCCUGAAGUUUUGCCAACAACAAAACGUACUGUAGUAGGGGGUUUCUUGGCCUCUUGUCUUAGUUCUGUACCCCCAUCGUCACAUGAACAAAUCUCAGCGGGUCCGCCAAAGAAGAAAGCAAAAAAAGGACUAGAUGCAAUGAUUUCAAACUUGCUCCAAAAGCAAACCAGUGCAGGUAGUUGAAUCAAUGAAAGAAACGAUGUUUUUUUUUACAAUUUUGUCAAAAUCAGAAUGUUAGUGUAGAGUAUUGAUACUUAAGUUUUGUGUACAUUUGAGGCAGUUGUUCUGUGACAGACUAUUAAUGAGAUAAACGUGGUGUUACUAUUAAAUUUAUGGAGGAAAUUGGUGUUAGGUAAAAUUUAUAGCUUAAUUAAUUGACUUUAUAAACUUCUUCGCAUUUACUUCUAUUAAAUUGUUCAAAAUCAGAUCUCUGUUAAGUUACAUACAAGUGUUUAU